UUCCUCAUUGUAUAAACAGCGACCUUAGACUCAAGACUUUUCCCUCUUACAACAAAUAAUAAAACGCUUCCAGAAAAACAGAGAGUCCCCAAAACCUUAAAACCACGAAAACCAAACCAUGUACAGAGCUGCCCUUUCUCGUUUCAGUGCUGUGAAGGGCCGCACUGGCAAUUUGGCAGCUGCCCGUUAUGCAACUUCAAGUGCUGUUGCGUCUUUGGAGACACCAUUAGAAGGCGUUCCCCUUCCACCUGCACUACCUGAUUAUGUUGCAUCUAGUGAAACGAAGGUUAAAACUCUAUCCAAUGGUGUGAAAAUAGCCUCGGAGAAAUUACUGACUCCUGCUGCCUCCAUUGGCUUAUUCAUUAAUUCUGGUUCCAUUUAUGAGACGCCAAUGUCAUCUGGUGCCUCCCACUUGCUGGAGCGGAUGGCAUUCAAGAGCACUACAAACCGCACCCACUUGCGUAUUGUUAGGGAAGUUGAGGCAAUUGGAGGUAACACAUCAGCCUCGGCCUCUAGGGAGUGUAUGGCAUACACCUUUGAUGCCCUUAAGACCUAUAUUCCUGAAAUGGUAGAAUUGCUUAUUGACUGCGUGAGAAACCCUGCUUUUUUGGAUUGGGAAGUUAAUGAAGAGGUGCAAAAGUUGAAAGCUGAUUUGGAGGAAGUAUCCAAAAAUCCCGAGCGUUUAAUUUUGGAGGCAGUUCACUCUACUGGUUAUUCUGGUGCAUUGGCUAAUCCUCUUUUGGCUCCUGUAUCUGCGCUAGAUAGAUUGGACAGCUGUAUUUUGGAAGAAUUUGUUACUGAGAACUAUACUGGGAAUAGAAUGGUCCUGGCAGCAUCUGGCAUUGAGCAUGAAGAGCUUUUACAAAUUGCUGAGCCACUUCUUUCUGACCUCCCAGCAGGACCCUACCUGGAAGAACCAAAAUCUGUUUAUGUUGGUGGCGAUUUCCGUCGACAAGCUGAUGCACCGAGUACCCAUUUCGCUCUUGCUUUUGAAGUACCAGGUGGCUGGAAUAGUGAGAAAGAAUCUGUCAUUCUGACUGUAAUGCAGAUGCUCAUGGGAGGAGGUGGCUCAUUUUCAGCUGGGGGUCCGGGGAAAGGGAUGCACUCACGGCUAUAUCUCCGUGUAUUGAAUGAGUAUCAGCAGAUUCAAUCUUUUUCUGCAUUCAACAGCAUCUUCAAUAAUAGUGGAUUGUUUGGCAUCUAUGGUAGCACAAGCUCUGAUUUUGUGUCAAAAGCAGUUGACAUAGCAGCAGAAGAAUUACUUUUAUUGGCAGAAGAAGGAGCAGUUUCUCGGCUAAUGAUGAAACGUGCACAAGAGGCCACAAAAUCUGCAGUACUGAUGAAUCUUGAAUCUAGAAUGAUUGUGGCAGAAGAUAUUGGAAGGCAAAUUUUGACAUAUGGAGAAAGGAAAUCUGUACAAUCGUUUUUAAAAAUGGUAGAUGAAGUCACUUUGCGCGACAUUGCUGAUACAGCUAAGAAGAUUUUAUCCUUACCUCUAACAAUGGCAUCGUAUGGUGAUGUUAUUAAUGUCCCAAGCUAUGAGUCAGUCAGCAGCAAGUUUCAUGCGAAAUGAGUGUAAUAAUUGAAUUAUAAGCCAGAGGUGGGUUUACAAUGGUGGCAAUGCGGGCAGCUGCUGAUAUCCUUAAACUUUUUUGGUAGUAUAUGUAAUUACUACAAGUUUUAAUUUUUCAUUUUAAAUUUUAUUAUUGGGUUGCAAGAAAUGCAACUUGACAAGUAUCGUAUCCUAAAUAUUGCCUCUUAAAUUAUGUUAUAUGUUCCCAAAUCCCUACAUACAUGUGUAUUUGCUCAGAUUUUGUUUAUAAAAAUGUUGCUCCUCUGGAAGAAUAUGUCA